CUCCUCGGAAAUAAAAUCUCACUUCUAACUUCCGUUGCUGUUCUGGUGCAGCAGACCGACCUACAUCGUACGCUGCACUGUCCCAGCUGCUUUUAAGUUGAGGAUUUAUUUAUAUUGCAAGGUCAAAUGUGAGGUAAAAGCAGAGGCACACAGCUUCCUCCGGCCACACCAGCCAUGGAGGGACUUUACUUUGAAGUGAAACCCAGAAGAGAUCAAACCCCCAGGCCAGGAAGCUCAAACAAACCUCGUCCUAGUUUAACUUCAAACCACCGCUCGUGUCCGUCGCUUCCACAUCUCACCUCUUCCACACCGCGUCCUGAGAAACUCACUUCUGCUAGGAAGUGGGGGGCAAAGGUGGAUGAAGAAGGAGAGGAAGAUGAGGAGGUACGAUACAAACUGACACUGAUUGGUUCUCUGCCAGUCCACCACCUGACCACUAUGGCCAUGCUGCCCUGGGUGGUGGCUGAGAUAAGCAGGGCUCAGCCUGCAGAGAAGGAACUGGGUGCUGGGUGGUGUGGAGGGUCCAGAGGUGGACAGCUGGACCCUUCUACCUGUAAUCAGACAGUUUUUCUUUGCGUGUCGACAUCAAGGGUGCGAUGUGCGUCCGUACUGGGAGAAGGAGUUGUCUGGGACCCUCUGACACACACACUGCUGUUUGAAUGUCGUCCCCACCAGGUUACGAAGCUAAUUCGCAACAGCCAGGAGCCCAGCAGCUUCGGGUGCCUGGUCAGAGACACACCAAACUGUGCCUGCUAUGUCUUCCAGUGCCAGGACAGCACCAAGGUGCCACAACUCAACAGGAGAUCUGAAGCGCCUUGACUCCUCUCUCGCCCUUUCUCCCUCCUCCUCCUCUUUACCCGGUGACGCCCAGCCACAGGGCUUCCGCAGACGGGCCAGCACCUUCAGCCACCCCCCAACCCCUUCCUCAGCAGAGUACUCACCGGUUCACACGCUAACUCAAACACCACAGGACCCUACUGCAGCUACCAAGCCAAAGCUCGUACGACACUACUCCGUCAGCACCGACACUCCACACCAGAGCAAAAAUGUCCCAACUGACUCCACCCUUCCACCUGUUCCUCCUUGCCCUUCAUCUCCCUCUCCUCUCCUCCCUCAUCAUCCUUCCUCACCUUCUUCUGGAGCCCGGUUCAAUAAAAGAAGUCCUUUGGGUGGUUUGCGUGCUCGUCUCCACUCCUCCUCCUCUGUCCCUAAUUUUCUGAAAUUUCAAUUUCUGGCCCCUGUCCAUGAAAACGAUUGUCCUGAGCCAAGGAGCAGUGAUGUAGCAGCUCUGUCCACACAAAGUGCAGCAUGUUGGGUAGGGGAAAGUCCUCUGCGCAGCCACCGCCACUCGUGGAGGCAGCAGAUCUUCCUACGUGUGGCUACACCUCAGAAGAACACAGAAGCCAAUGAGCGGGGGGACCCCUGUCUAGAGGGGGGUCGAGUGUGUGUGGGCCAGGUGGGAGCUGGUGGAAGUGGGGACUCAUCCAUAAGGGUGGUGCCUGAGGAGAGGACGAAAAGGAGUAAAGAGGAGCUGAGGGAGCUCUGGAGGAAGGCCAUACUGCAGCAGAUCCUCCUGCAGAGGAUGGAGAUGGAGAACCAGAAACUACAGGCCUCAGAGAGCGAUCUGCAGAACAAGCGUCUGAAGCUGGACUAUGAGGAAAUCACUCCGUGUCUGAAGGAGGUCACUCUGGUCUGGGAGAAGAUGUUGGGAACUCCUGGAAGGGCAAAGGUCAAAUUUGACACAGAGACCAUACAUGCGGCUGUUGCACAAGGUGUCCCGAGGCAGCAUCGAGGAGAGAUCUGGAAGUUUCUCUCUGAACAGUUUCUGCUCAGGCAGGCAGUCCCCUCCCGACCCCCUUCCAACGACGCUCCGUACAAAGAGCUGCUGAAACAGCUCACCUCACAGCAACACGCCAUUCUCAUCGAUCUGGGUCGCACUUUUCCCACUCAUCCAUACUUCCAAGCCCAGCUGGGGGCAGGACAACUGUCACUGUAUAAUAUACUGAAAGCCUACUCCCUGCUGGACCCUGAGGUGGGCUACUGCCAGGGCCUGUCCUUCAUUGCUGGAGUGCUGCUGUUACACAUGGGGGAAGAGGACGCCUUCAACAUGCUCAAAUUUCUAAUGUAUGACGUGGGGCUCCGCAAACAGUACAGGCCAGACAUGAUUAUCCUGCAGAUUCAGAUGUACCAGUUGUCGCGGCUGCUUCACGACUACCACAGGGAUCUUUACAGCCACCUAGAGCAGCAGGAGAUCGGGCCCAGCUUAUACGCCACCCCCUGGUUUCUCACUGCCUUCGCCUCACACUUCCCCCUCGGCUUUGUGGCCAGAGUCUUCGAUAUGUUGUUCCUGCAGGGGUCUGAGGUCAUCUUUAAAGUGGCCUUGAGCCUCCUGGGAAGCCACAAGCCCCUGAUCCUGCAGCAUGAGAGCCUGGAGUCCAUAGUGGACUUCAUCAAGACCACACUGCCCAACCUGGGCCUGGUGCAGAUGGAGAAAACCAUCAACCAGGUUUGUGAGAUGGAUAUGUCCAAGCAGCUCCAGGCCUAUGAGGUGGAGUACCACGUGUUGCAGGAUGAACUGCUGGACAUGCCCCCAAACCUCAACCAACACCAGCGAGCUGCACAGCUGGAGAGGACCAAUCAGAGCCUCCGACAGCAGAACCUCGACCUGCUUGAGGAGCUGCAGGUGUCACAUGCUCGCGUCUGCAGCCUGGAGAGCCGAGUGGAGGCUUUGGCCCAGUCGGAGGGGCAGUUGAGGGAGCAGGUUUCCGCACUGGAGGAGGAGAAGAAACAGCUAGCGAGCACCGUCACACGCCUCCAGGACCUCCUCACCAGCCUCGGCAUACAAACUACCCCUGAUGGACUCACACUCCCCGCAGCAACAGCAAAGGUGGAGGGGCUGGUGAACAGGACUGGACACUCCCUUCCCCACCCUUUGGCUCUGCCAGAAGGUUCAUAAACGCACCUAAUUAUCUUCCAAAUGAAAAGGUUGAGCGGAGGAGGAGUCGGGUUGUGGAGGGCCCAGGACAAGAAGGUGAAGUAAGACGUUGGGACGCCUCCCUACCUCGACCUAGCCGAGCUUGUGAAUGUUUUAAUAAAAAGUGGAAAAUACCGAGAUAGUUGGACCUAAAACAGAGAGGAGAAUAAUGGAAAUAUAACAAAAAUGGGGAUGAGGUUAAAAGAGAAAGAAAAAUAAAGGAAUGCCCCCCUUUGAGUAUUAUCCUAAAAUGCAGAGUGCUCUCUUCCCGCUCUCUAACAAAUAUAAACAAACAUGUGAUCUGACCAACAAUCCCCAAACAUAGCACUGUCCCACUGGGACUCUACUGUAAAAACUGAACAGUUACAUUUGCACCUGUACUUGUAUGUUUGUGUCUUUGAAUGUCUGUGAGUGUCUUUACUCGUGUGUUUUCUGCUCUUGCGACAGGGUUUGUGUGGAUGAAACAAGGCUAAAACAGCCAAAGAAUGUCCUUUAUAUAUGUAUUAAAAAAAAAAGCUCGAACAAAGAACAUGUUAUUGAUCAGGCUUACACACAGUAAGUGAGUAAUACAAAGAUGAAAUGUUUCCAAAGAACAAAUCAGAGAAGUGUGACAACAAAAUGAGAUGAAGCGACGGGUGAAGAAAUAAACUUCAUGACAAAGUACAUUUUUGUUUUGUUUUUCUAUUUUAAAAGUUGAAUAUGACAUAAGCUAAAUUAUAUUAGAUCUCAGAAGGUGGUGCUUAUAUUCAGUGGUCAGGGGUGAACUAUUUUAAAUUUCUCCUUCGUAUUUCUAGUCUUCCACGUUUUUUUGCUUCCUGAUCCUUUACGUUUCAAACUUAAUUUAGUUAGCAGGAAGAGUGACACAGUAAAUCCAGCCCAUUUCACAUCCUGUUUUUUCACCUUUGAGUACAAGUCGAUCUAUCUGUGUAGAAAGGGAAAUAGAAGCAGAAAACCUUAAAACAGUAUACCUUUCAAGUGAGGGGAAGUACAGAGUUUUACAGAUCAGUUAUUUUAAAAUACUGCAAAAUACACUCAAGUCUGAAACUUCAAAUAAGAAACCUCUGCUGCUGAGACAAUCUGUCAGCUAUGAGUCAUUUACUGUAUUCAACACACUGAAUUCCUUCAACCCGAGUUGCAGCUCGGUGUGUAUGUUAAUGUCUAAAUGUGUGUCUGUGUGCUUGUGCACUUCACUGAUGGCAACAAAUCUGUUGAUUUACACUGUAAAGAUAUUUUGCUUUUACUCCAGACUCUCCUUGCACAUGUGUGUUGUUUUAAUUGAUUAUUGCUAUUAUUGUUCUGUACUUUACAAUACAUUUCAUACCCUUUCAGCACCUCUGAA